UUACUUAUCAUUUUACAUUGUAAAUCUCUUACAAUGCAGUCGGUAUACUGUUAUUUUAUUCUUGCCUUGGUUUUGGGUUUUUUUAAUACAGCAACUACAGCCCCUAAUAGGGAGACCAUUCAAGAAUGCAAUUUAAAUCAAGAAAUUAUUCGAGACAUUCAAUCGUACCAAAAUGUUGUAAAGUCUAUUAUCGAUUUUAUUACCAAAGGAGAAUUUAAGGGAAAAGUAUUUCAAGAUUUAGCACUAUUUACUGAUACAUUUGGAUCUAGGUUAACGGGCACAGAAAACUUAGAACAUUCCAUUGACUAUUUAUUAAAUUUGAUGAACCAAUAUGAAAUGCAUAAUGUACAUGCUGAAAAUGUCACUGUACCAAGGUGGAGAAGGCUAAAGGAAUAUGGUGAACUAUUAUCUCCGAGGAAUGCCGAACUUCCAGUAGUAGCUUUGGGCAGUUCUGUAGGUACGGGAAAAAAUGGAAUAACAGCAGAAGUUAUGGUCGUUAAAUCUUUUGACGAACUAAACAAUAAAAGUAGAGGAGAGGUUGAAGGAAAAAUCAUUGUCUAUAAUCAGGAUUGGGUUAACUAUGACCACGAUUAUGAUUAUAGAAGCAAAGGAGCGACCGAGGCAUCAAAAAAAGGCGCUGUCGCCUCACUAGUAAGAUCCUUAACCCCCUUUUCGAUGAGAACUCUAUAUACAGGCCAACAAACUUAUCGUAAUAAUGUCACGAAAAUUCCUGCACUUUGUAUUUCUGUAGAAGAUGCUCAUAUGCUACAACGCAUGCAGGAUCGGGGAAAUAAAAUAAUUAUUCACCUUAAUGUUUCAACGGAAACUCUGAGUAACUCAACAUCGCGAAAUGUAAUAGCAGAUUUGACAGGUGCUGAGUAUCCUGAUAAAAUUGUCGCUGUCACAGCUCACUCGGAUAGCUGGGAUGCUGGAACCGGUUCAAUGGACGACGGAGGUGGUAUAUUCAUGUCUCUUUAUGCCUUAAAAGUUCUAAAAGAGCUUGGAUUAAAACCAAGAAGAACUGUUAGAUCAUUAAUUUUCACUGGUGAAGAGCAAUGUUAUUGUGGAGUUAACGAGUAUAACGACAAACAUGCGUCGGAUUUAGAAAAUUUCAUUUUUGUGAUGGAAAAUGAUGAAGGCGUAUGGAAUCCUUUGGGGUUGAACUAUACAGCUGGUCCAAUGGGAGGAUGUGUCUUAAAAGAAAUCCUGAAGUUAUUAUUACCACUAAAUGCGACCCGGGCAGAUUAUGUAGAGAACGUUGGCUCGGACAUAUCCUUAUGGACAAAAUCUCUUAUUCCCGGGACAAGUUUAUUAAAUGAAAAUGGAAAAUGGUUUUGGUUUCAACACACUCAAGCUGAUACGCUAGAUGUUAUUGAUUCUGAUCAAAUGGAUAAAGCAUUGGCAGUUUGGGCUUCGGUUGCUUAUGUUAUUGCUGAUAUGAAAAUUCAGUUUCCAAGUAGAUUCGAGUAAAUAAAGAAACGUUUAUGGGC